AAUAAUUUCAAAUUGUUGCUCCCGCCGUUUUUGUUCAAAAACAAAAAAUUAAAACAAGCAAAAAUAUAUAAAAUUUUGUUAAUUAAACGUAAUUUAAGGCAAUACUAAUGGGAAGGAAGAGAACAAAAAGUCAGGCAUCGACUGCUGAUGACAGUGACGAUGAAGGAACAUCCAAAAGAAGUAGAAUUAAUGACGAUAAGGUAAGUUUUCAAAAAUUGUGAAAUUUUAAUGCUCACUGGAUCUUUUUGAAUGAAAUCCAGUGAUAUUAAGCUUAUAAAUGAAUAAUUGAUGCGGUCGGGAUCAUUUUUGCAAGAUCCAUUAGACAUAAUUUUACAAUAUAACUUAAUUCAGUUCAAUUUGCAGGAAAAUUUGGUACAAAACACAAGAAAUGCACUUCAAAAUUACCGUACUGUAAAAUUAAGAGAUUUAGAGAAUAAAAUACAUGCAAAUCUAAGAAGUGGAAAAAUUAAAAAGAUUUAUCUCCAAAACUUUAUGUGUCAUGCCAAUUUUGAAGUAGAUCUCAAUAAAUGCAUCAAUAUUAUUGUUGGACUAAAUGGAAGUGGAAAAUCAGCAAUACUUACAGCAAUAGCAAUCGGUUUAGGUGGAAAAGCCUCAUCUACAGCACGUAGUACAAGUCUAAAGGAACUUGUCAAACGUGGAGAACCGUCAGCAACAAUAGAAAUAACCCUAGCUAAUGACGGUCUCGAUGCUUAUGAACAUGAUGUUUAUGGAGAUGAAAUCAUUAUAGUUCGUACAAUUAAUGCUAAUUCUGGCGCAUCAGCAUACAAAAUAAAAAGUCAAAAUGGCAAAACAAUUUCCACAACACGUCAGGAUUUAUUAAAAAUGUCAUUAUGCCUUAAUAUCCAAGUAGAAAAUCCAGUUUUAAUCCUUAAUCAAGAUGCAGCUCGUUCAUUCCUUAAAGAAUGUGAUCCAAAGAAGCUUUAUCAGUUCUUCAUAAAGGCAACACAAAUUGAGGCAAUUAUUGAGAAACUCAAUGGAUGUUUUGUAACAGCAGUUUCGUCCAAGAAUCAGCUAGCAAAUGUCGAGACAGCUAUGAAGAGAUAUGAAGUUGACAUUGAAGCAAUCAGACAAAAAAUAUCACGACUUUCAUCCGUACGAUCAUUAAAGGAGAAAAUUGAAGAAUAUAAGAAUGAAACUGAAUGGAUUCGUGUGAAAUUAAUAGAACAGGAAUUAGCUACAUCGAACACAAAUUUGGCUACAAAGCGCGAAGAAGUUCGCAAGAUUUCAGAUUUAAUAAAUAAUAAAGAGAAGUAUGAGAAGGAAAAUCGUUUAAAAAUCCGUGAAUUAGGCACAACAUUUCAGCAGCUUCAAUUUGAGAGUGAAAAUAACAAUGUGAGGCAUGAAACAGCACGUAAGGACUAUGAAACGGAACGCAACAAGUUAAGUGGGUUCGAAAAUAUACAUAAAUCAUAUAUAGAUAAGCUAGCUACACGAGUCAUGCCAAAUAUCCAACUAUUAGAAAAUGACAUAGCUGAACAUGAGAAUAAUCCAUCAAAUGUUGAAAAUUUACGCCUGGAAAAUGAGGCACAAAUUGAAAAUGUCGAGAAGAAAAUCAGUGAAAAUGCAGCAGUUCUAAGUAAUUAUAAACGUGACUUCCAAAUGUUUAUGCAGACAUCUCAUGACGAAAAAGAAAAUGUAGAGGAAUUAAGAGCACAUAUGCAGCGUGAACAAACCAAAAUCAUUCAAAAUGAUCAGCAAAUUCAUCAAUUAGAGAAUGCAGGCAAAGAUACUUUAUCAGUUUAUGGAGCAUCGGCUGGACGUCUCUUAAAAGAAAUAGAAUCAAUGUACAAACAAAGGAAAUUUACUCAACUACCUAAAGCCUUUUUAGGUAGAUAUAUUGAAGUACCUGACCGGAAAUAUCGUCAAGCUGUUGAGACAAUUUUACGUAAUUAUUUAACAUCCUUUAUUGUUAAUUGCGAUAAAGAUCGAUUGGUGCUCGCUGAGGUCCUCAAAAAGUAUAAUGACUUACAAAAGAUUCAAAUCAUCACAACGGAAUUUGUCAAUAAAGUUUAUGAUGUAAAACGUGGAAUGGUCAAUUUGCAAUCGCCUGGUGCUGUGUUAUUUAAUGUUAUUAAAGUCUCCGAUCCAGUUGUGAUGAAUUGUCUUAUCGAUCAGUGUCGUAUUGAACGAAUUGUGCUGGUCGAGAAUACAGAAAGUGCAAUUCACUUGACGAAUGAUGAAAGAUCUGUGCCUAAGAACCUUAAUCGAGUCGUACUGCUUAAACCAUUGUCAGAUUAUUAUCCAGCACCAAAUUAUCGUUCAUAUUCUAUUCGUGAACAGCCAUUAAGAUACAUUCAAACUAAUUUUACUGAAGUUAUUAAGGAUUUAAAGCGAAAGAAGGAAGCUUUGGAAGGAAAGUAUGAAAUGAUCCGGAAUCAAGUUCGUGUAGUGAAUGCAAAAGUACAAGAAUUUGAUAAAUAUGCGAAUGAGAAGAAACGUCAAAUGUUUGAGUUGCAGAAUAAAGAGAAACAAUAUUAUAGAGAGUUACAGGAAUUAAAAGCAGUCGAAUUUCCAGAUAAUCCAGACAUUGACUUCCUUCGAACACAACUAGAAGAAGAAAAGAAGCGAAAAGCUGCUUUUGAGAAGAAAAUUGAAGAAUCUAAAGAAAAACUCUUUCAAUUUAGGGCUGUCGUUGAUAAUUUUAGGCAGACCAUGGAGGAAACGCUUAAGUUGUACCGCGAAAGUCGCGAAAAUAUGCAAAAAGUUCAGCAGGAAAAUGACAAAUUACAAAAAAGUCUAAAUUCGAUGAAAAAUGAAAUUGAAACAAAAGGACGACAAAUUAAAAAUUUACAGGAAGAUGAGAAGGCAAUCGAUCAAAAAGUAAAGGAAUUAGAGAAUCAGGUUCGAGCUAUGACUGGAAGAAUUAAAGGGAAACGUGUUGAUUCUCAUCGUACGGAAGAUGAGCUCGAAAAGGCAAUAAAAAUUACUGAGAAGAGAAUUCAAGGGAUCGAGUCGACAAAUGAGAACAUCGAGGAUGUUGAACAUUUGCUCGAUAGUAAAAUGCAGCUGCUGGAAAAUACGAGAAACAUACACAGAGCUUUGGAUAAUGUGCUGAAGAAACUAACCAGCCUUCGUGAAAGUCGCUACAUGUAUGUUCGUAAACUACGUCAACACAUGUCACUGAGGAUGAAGCAUAAAUUCCAUCAAUUAAUGCAACUACGUAAUUAUUCAGCAGAAAUUGAAAUUGAUCAUAAAGAACAAAAGCUACAGCUUAAGAUUAUUCCAAGAGAUGGUGAAGUUGAAGGCGCCGUAUCCAAUACGAAGGCAUUAUCGGGUGGAGAACGUUCAUAUUCAACAGUUUCGUUCCUUUUAUCACUUUGGAGUUGUGUUGAUCAUCCAUUUUACUUUCUUGAUGAAUAUGAUGUGUUUUCGGAUGAAUAUAAUCGACACAUGAUGACUAAGUUGUUGUUAAAUGAGGCAGAAAAGAAAAAGGACAAACAAUUUGGAUUUUUAACGCCACAAGAAUUCUCGAAUGUGUCUGCAACGGAUUCAGUUACUAUUCAUAAACUACAAGACCCAGAACGACAUAAUUCGUGAACCAUAAAAAGAUUAUUAUUUCGUUAUUAACCUUUUUUUACGCACAAAUGAAUGAAUUUAUAUUUUGAAGAACAUUUUCAUGAAUAAAGAGAUUUAAAAAACAAAAACAAAUCAAGGCAAAAACAAAAUAAAAUGUAUUUCAAUGCCCUUCAGAAAUCUGAGCAACUUACUAGAUUUUGUGUCCGUCAUUAUUUGCGGAAGUGCUAUUUUCAAGGU